AUGGCGGUCGUGGACGCACCCAAUGUGGGUGAUCUCGUGCGCACCUCGUCGCAGAGUUCGAGCCGUUCUGUCAGUAGGAAGAGCAGUACCAUUCGCGUCAAGCCGUCCAAACGGGGCUCCAAUACCUCACUGAGACGAGCACCUUCGCCUGCAGCCGAUACAAAGAGCCUCACGUCUUUUCCCUCCCUGUCGCCUACCCCCGAUACUUCACCUGUCCAUUCGCGCGUCAACGGCUGGUUCCGCGCAGCAGUCGGAGAGGGAAACCCAGAUGAUAGAGAUGGCGAAAACAAAGCCAAGUCGCCAGAGACAAUCAAAGCCAUUCUUUCCCCCGAUCUCGAAAGGCCUCCCCCGCCAACUUCGCAUCCCGCGCCUAACUCGACUAUGAGAAAGGUCACCAAAUCUACACAGCAACUCGUCGGAAGCUUGGUCUCAGCUACUCCCUCCGCGCGAGAACGCUCCGCUCUCUUUGACGAUACGCCCCAGGACAUCGGCAAAGUGCCCGGUAAUCUGCAUUACCUGGACGAUGCAGACAUUCAAAACAUGCUCGACCAGGGCGAUGCGGUGGCUCUUGUGAGACAAUUGGCAGGCGAUUUGGCGCAAAGAGACGUUCAGAUUACCGCAUUGCGGAGAAGGGCAGAGGAACGCGAGAGGAUAUUGAGGAAAAUGCUGCAGGAGUGUGAAGUCUCAAAUAUGGACAUCGAAAACAGGCUUCGUGAGCUGGAAAAGUCCAAGGACAAGAGCAGUGGAACUGCGUCAGGAACUUCGCGUACGAAAAAGCGAGGGGAUGAUUAUACAGUGCCUGGAAUGCACCCCGAGGAUCCGAUUGAUCAGAGAUUGGCUCUAGCUAUUGAGGACGAUGCAUCGGAGGUCCCUGCAAGCUUUGGAGAAGAACGGCACCCUGUGACUGUAGGAGCUGACGACAUGUCAAUCGCAUCAUCAUCGGAACCACCGCGAGAAACAGGUCGCAGUAAUUGGAAGAGCUAUUUGUUCAGCGGGACGAGUAAGAAGAGCAGCAGGGCACCUUCUGUUGCCAGUAUGAUUGACAGGGACGCAGGUCGAGCGUCGUCGCAGACUCGAUCUCGGGCAUCAAGUGGUGCAAAGCCAACUCGAAAACCCAUAAGCAACGAUCUAUUCGUACCCCCAACCUCUGGAGCAGACAAGGCGGCAGGAGCAGUUCCUACGUUGCGACGUCUUCAAAGUCAAGACCGAGAUAAUUCGGGAUCUUCUUCGCGCCGGUCAUCGGUGUCCAUCACGAACUGGGCGCUCAAGAUGGUCGCUGGCAACAACCAGACAAACUCUAUGCGUGGGCGCAAGCCGAACACAUCUGACCCUGGAGACCGAACCACCUCAGUUGACUCUACAAAGACUGCCCAGUCGGCCAAGUCUUCUUUGAUCAACACCCAGAAACGUAAUGGUCGAGCAUCACUUGGUCCCAAUGGCACUAUCAAAAGCAUCUCCACUGAAAAUAGUAAAGCUCCGGCUCAAGGUCCACCCCAUCUACAAGGCCGGGGGCACAGUAACCUGGGACCUGUCGAGAUGGACAGGAUUUUACCAGAAGAAUCUCGCCCACCUACACUGGUCCAACAACACAACAUGUUCAACGCUAGCCAGGAAUACCUCACUGAUAGGUUCGGUUUCAUUUAUGAUCAGCGGCGCAAGAAGCGACAAAGCGAAGCCGCCGCCGCGCUUUCGAAGAACAAGCGCAACAGCAAUGUGGAAUCGCUGGGAGAUGGACGUACCGUCCUUGAUGCUCUAGGCUUAGAGGAAGCUGCUGCUGCACCGUCUUCUGCGUCCAACAUCAGUGAUCCAUCCCGACCACCGUCUAGACCAGGAAGCACCAGCUCGGGCGAGCAAGGCAAUGGCCAACCGUCUCAGACCUGGCAAGACUACCUCAAGUUAGCAACGCAUCCUACAGAACUUCUUUCACAUACGCCCUCCACUGCGCCUAUCAUGGAAACGCCUGAACCAGAUUUGAUUGCGCCCAAGGUCACUCAAGUCACCGUAGCGAAACGAGGCUCCAUUCCCGCGAUAAGCACCAAUCCAGAACCGAGUCCUUCGCGCAUUGUUUCUGGCAACGCCGAGUUCUCGGUUACGUCGCCCUCUCCUGGCCACAUGACUCCAAUUAGUCCCCACCCCUACCAAGCCGAUCCAGUUCAAGCGCUUCUGGAACAACUAACUGAACUUCAUGACUCUCUGCAGAGGGACAAAACAACGAAGUGGAACGAGUUUCUGCGCAAGGUCCGAGCCGAACGCAAGCGUGAGGGCGAAGCAGUCACCUCUGGAGAUCGUCCCAAGGGUCUGACUAUGCCAGAAGCAUUACUGCAUGACGGUGAAAUCAUCGGCAUAGCAGGUCUCGGAAAUAAAGGCAAACUGGGUCGAGCGAAGUGGCAAGAGUUCCGUCGACUUGUUUUGUCUGGCAUACCGGUUGCCUAUCGAGCAAAAAUCUGGACCGAAUGCAGCGGCGCAUCUGCUCUUCGCGUGCCGGGAUAUUAUGACGACAUUGUCAACAACGGCGUAGACAAUCCUACCAUUGUUGCUCAGAUCCAGAUGGACAUUACACGAACACUUACCGACAACAUUUUCUUUAGAAGAGGCCCUGGCGUACACAAGCUCAAUGAGGUAUUACUCGCCUAUUCGCGCAGAAAUCCUGAGGUUGGUUAUUGCCAGGGUAUGAACCUCAUCACCGCCUGUCUAUUACUUAUCAUGCCGACUGCGGAAGACGCAUUCUGGGUGCUCGCAUCCAUGAUCGAGAACAUCCUCCCUCAAAAGUACUAUGACCAACAUCUUCUCACUUCUCGCGCUGACCAGUCCGUUCUCCGUUCCUAUGUGGUCGAGGUCCUUCCGAAAUUGUCCUCCCAUCUCGACGCCUUGGAGAUCGAGCUCGAAGCGCUAACGUUUCAGUGGUUCCUUUCGGUGUUCACGGAUUGCCUCUCAGCUGAAGCGCUUUUCCGUGUUUGGGAUGUCGUGCUAUGCAUGCACGAUGGUUCCACCUUUUUGUUCCAAGUCGCACUAGCUCUGUUGAAACUUAACGAGAAGGCUCUCCUACAGUGCGAUACACCGGCUGAGAUCUACCACUACAUCAAUCAUCAGAUGACCAAUCAUGCCAUCAGUAUCGACGGUCUGAUCCAAGCUUCUGAUGCUCUCAGCAAAGUGGUAAAGCGCAAAGACGUAGAAGAACGUCGCGAACGAGCCGUAGCGUUGGAGGAGGAUUUAAUCCGGCAACGUGAAGAGGCACGGCAAGAGCGAGCACGUAAGCGGGCAAGUAAAUCUCAAGAGGCUACCGAAUCCAUUCAGGACGCAGACAUCGCAAAGUCCCCGUCUAUCUCAGCCAGUGUGGAUGCCUCAAUGGCACGAGAGACAAGCCCUAUGCGCACUCCAUUGAGCAGCGCGAGCAUCAGAUCAGAGGAAGAUGAAGCAGAAGCACUCAACCAGACGCUGGAAGAGCUAACAAACCGAACGCCUAUGCCGAUAGAGGAAGAAAGUCUCUGGCGGGCUUGA